AUGGAAAGGAAACGCCUAAAAAAAGAGAUCGAAAAACUCUUGGGAGAUUAUGUUGGCAUCAGACUUCGGGAAAAUGAAUUCGACCCGAAAGGAAGACAGCAGCCCACCUUUCUCGAUGAUAUGGCUCAUUACGACUUGGCCAUCAGUGUUGCUUUACUGUGGCUGAAUGAUUCAGAAGCCCAAAGUCCUUUGGCAGAAGGGAAAAGGAAUUUGCCGCUUCACAGCAGAUACAUCUAUCCCAACCGAAUUGAGAGAGAAGCCAUGAUUUUAUCAUUUUACGCUGGGACCUUAAUGAACAGCAUCCCCAUUGAAGACGUCUUUGGGAUUUACAGCACGGGGCCUUCGGCAACACGCUGGCACCGCUCUGCCAAAGGUCACUGGAUUCACCCUUUCAACCUCUCUUUGCAUCCUUUUGCCAUGCUGACAGCCCCGAAAGCUGCAGAACAUGCCUGGAAACAGAGUGUCAAGUUUCAAAAGGCAGCAGCAAAUCAACAUGCCACCACCAAUUCAACUAGAACAAAUAAGGACGGCAAGCGAUCAGAAUCUCCAUCAACAGCAAAACAGCCAGACAACAAAGGGCCUAGAAAACAGCUUAAGCAAGGAAUCUUUCCAGAGGACCUUGCACCGAAGAAUGGAAAGGAAGCAGAGAUGUAA